CAGGUCCGCGCGCCCCACCCCUUCCGCUACUCUGUCGGCCUGACCUUCCUGCAACCGGUGCCUGCUGAGGCGACUCCGAAGCGACCCAGCGGUUCUGCGCGACCCUCCCCCUCUCGCGACACCAUGGUGGCGUACUGGCGGCAGGCCGGACUCAGCUACAUCCGGUUCUCCCAGAUCUGUGCAAAAGCAGUGCGGGACGCCCUGAAGACCGAGUUCAAGGCGAACGCCGAGAAAACUUCAGGCAGCAGCGUGAAGAUCGUGAAGGUGAAGAAGGAGUAGUCGACCCUGACUGAAGCACGAACUGCUGAGCCUUCACGGUGACGGUGUGGGUCCCUAUUACGCUAUGGCAGAUGGAAGCCAACCUCGCCUCCUGGGCUUAAGACCACCUGUGUUGCUGAUAAUUUGACUAUGCCAAUAAAUUGACGUGCUUCACUCUC